AGCAUGUAAGGAUAUACAGGAUUAUUCCUGUAAUCCUCAUAUCUUUCAAAGCAACCAGGUGACUGUUUCUGGAGUUCCUAAUUUCUACGUUGCUUGUAGAAAUUCUACGCCAGGAUCAAAUCAUUUCAUGAAACUGGUACCAGGACAACUCUACCCUGAGAUCGAGUUUCUACAGACCGUCUUCAAUAGCGGAGUACAAGAUACUACGUCCGAGGUCUGUACUAUACUAAAGCAGCAGAAUAGUCGAGCGAAAACAUGUGGCGUGGAUCAUACCCAGGGUCAAGGGAAACUUGUGUCUUUGCCUUGCCAGGUCCUUUUUACCGUCUUCCAACCACUCGAUAUGGAUAGAACUCCAUAUCUAGUAUGGGUAUCAAGUGGAACGCAUAGUCAUCCUCCACCACCACCAACGAGAACACCGCAGCAGUACCUUGAGCAAAUCCUUCAGGUCAUUCAGAGAAUCAAUAACCCUUCACUCACACUUGCCGGCCUUCUGAAGCAUCCGCAAAUGCGAGCCUUCUGUACCCAAUAUCAAGGGACUUCUCUGCCUGAUGUUCAUAGGAGCUUUACAAACCUUGAUAAAGUAAGCGCAUUGCUUCAGAAGCAAAGACUCCUAUCAUAUCCAUUAGGAGAGUCCGUUGCUGCGGUCGAGCACGAGUACUCAAAGCAAGGAGGAAAACCUGACCAGUAUAUUCAAGAAUGUUUUUUCGAUGGAGAGAAUCUCCUUAUUGCCUGUUUCUUCAAAGAGCAGGCGGAGGCUCUUCUUAAUAGAGAAUCAUUUGAAAUUGAUAUGGGAUUUCAGCGGGUUCGCGAGAGUUCGAUCAACGAGAUUGUACUCGCGGCGUUUGUCCCCGAACUUGAGAAGACGUUUACCUUCGCGCGGAUUUUCGUCAACGGUAAAAGUAGCCUCUGCUAUCAAAAGGCAUUUCAAGCCCUCUUUACUUUAAUCUCUUCUCGGCUAGAACGAGAAGUCUGUUGGCAAUAUCUCCAUGGGAGAGGAUUCGGUACUGUUGUCGUCGAUAUGGAACUUGGUCAACUUGAAGGGUUUGGGCAAUAUCUUGCGACUCUUGAUUCCGAAUCCCGUUCCUGGGAGUGGCAGGUUCAGAAUACGGUAAUCUUCUGUCAAAUCCACUUUCAACGGUCUAUUGAUCGCGCCGCCGGGACAUCAAAUCGUUCAACAACAUCAAUACAUUCAAGAAUGGGAGAGUUAGCCCGCUGUCGAUCUGAAGAAGACUACUAUGAUCUUUGUGAAGAGCUUAUGAGUCACCCAGAGUCCUCCGCAAAAGUCCGAGAGUGGGCAAAGCACAAGAAGAGAGCUGUGAUUGCGUCUGGAAUUAAUAAGUACUGCUCCUUGAUUCCGCCUCAAUUGCGUAAGCUACCUCUGAUGAGAGCAAUAUAUUACGCUCUCCUUCUCGAUCAGUAUGAUUUAAAAAGACGAGAUAAUCGACAAGAAUACGGUAUGCCCCAUACGUAUCGUAAUAUGUCUCUAUCUCAGAGAUAUCAGGAGGUUAUACGUCGUGAUCUUGAUCAAUAUUUUAGGAUCUCGGCGACGACGACGUUGGGACGACGACCUUGACUCAACAGUAUCAUCCCAGGAAUCAGCUCCUAUCCGUAGACGACUAUCUCGAUCAACAUCUACUUCAACGGAACGGAAUCGUAGAAGUUCACUCAGACCUCCCUCUCUUCGUCAAGUUGCCACGCAGCAAUCUAUUCGUCAGACACAUGAGGUUCGAGAAUCGCAGCUUCAGCAACAGGAAAGAGAGUUACAGCUAGAAGAGAGGCGGAUUGAGCUAGAAUUGAAGAAAGAGACGCUCCGCGCAAAGAAACUUGAGAAUGAUCAGAA